AUGGUGCGCCCUCGCGGUAGGUCCAAUUUGGGCGUGGACAUCCGUGGCGAUACCAGUGCGCCUGCGAUGUCCACCAUGAACGACGUGAGUCCAAUUGAGCCUACAUCCCCCGAUCUGAACAAGCAAUUCGAUGCUCGAUUGUCAGAAAAGUCCGCAAAUAAAUCGCAUACGAAGCGUCGCCGCAAUCGAUCACUGCUUCAUCGUUUCGCCGAUACCUGUCUCAAGUACACUUGGCUAUUGCCAUUAAUCGUACUGCUGUUCCUGUUAUCGCUCUACGCCAUCAAUCCCACCCCGUCAAACCCGAUGCACAGUGCGAUCUUCCUGUCCUAUCCACAGCCACCCAAGACCCCCGGCGGGCCUAUCAUGUACGGCAAAGGCAAGAAGGAUAUUGCAUUCGUGGCAUUCUACACUGUGGUUCUCUCGUUCACCCGCGAGUUCAUCAUGCAGCAGCUUAUCCGGCCGUUGGCCAUUUACUGCGGUAUCCGUGGUAAGGGCAAGACUGCCCGAUUCAUGGAGCAGGUGUACACUGCUAUCUACUUUGGUAUUUUCGGUCCAUUCGGCUUGUACGUUAUGAAGCGGUCGGAUAUCUGGUAUUUCAACACUACGGCUAUGUUUGAGAACUUCCCGCACCGAGAGCACGAGGCUUUGUUCAAGGCCUACUACCUUCUCGAGGCGAGUUACUGGGCGCAGCAGGCUAUCGUGUUGCUCUUGCAGCUGGAGAAGCCCCGAAAGGAUUUCAAGGAGUUGGUUGGACACCACAUUAUCACUUUGGCGUUGAUUGCGUUGAGCUACCGAUUCCACUUUACAUACAUGGGUCUUGCGGUGUACAUCACCCAUGAUGUCUCGGAUUUCUUCCUUGCGACUUCGAAAACCUUGAACUACCUCGAUGCUUACUUCACCAUUCCCUACUUUGGCGUGUUUGUUGGCACUUGGAUCUACCUGCGCCAUAUACUGAACCUGAAGAUUCUUUGGGCUGUCCUGACCGAGUUUCGUACCGUUGGUCCCUUCGAACUGAACUGGGAGACUCAGCAGUACAAGUGCUGGAUCAGUCAAUAUAUCACUUUUGCUCUGUUGGCCAGUCUGCAAGCUGUGAACCUCUUCUGGCUCUUCUUGAUUCUUCGCAUUCUCGCCAACUACAUCUUCAACAGCGUUACCAAGGAUGAGCGCAGUGAUGACGAGUCUGAGGAGGAAGAUGUCCCAGUCGAGACCGAGACCAAGGCUACUCUGGCUAGUGGUGUCGAAUCUACCAAGCAGGAGAACAAGGCUCCCCAGGUCUACGUUAACGGCGAGCUUACCACCGAGCAGCGUGGCCCCCGAACACGCAGCCGAAAGGCCUAA